GGAGCCCGCGCUCCUGCCCUGCUCGCGCUCUCUCGCUCGCGCUCCCCGGGGUCUCCUCAGCGCGGCGGCGGCGGCGGCGGCGGCGGCGGGGGGGGGGGGGGCGCGCGGAGGCGGCGGCGGCGGCGGCGGGUGGCCGGGCGUAGGCGGCACCGACCAUGUCGGGCGAGGAGGAGGCAGCCGAGCUCACCAUCGCCGAGGACCUGGUGGUGACCAAGUACAAGAUGGGGGGGGACAUCGCCAACCGGGUCCUGCGUGCGGUGGUUGAAGCAGCCAAUUCCGGAGCGUCGGUUCUCUGCCUGUGCGAGAAGGGAGAUGCCAUGAUCAUGGAAGAGACUGGCAAGAUUUUCAAGAAGGAAAAAGAAAUGAAAAAAGGUAUUGCCUUCCCGACGAGUAUAUCAGUAAAUAACUGUGUCUGUCACUUCUCCCCCCUGAAGAGUGACCAAGACUACAUCCUCAAAGACGGAGACUUGGUCAAAAUUGACUUGGGAGUCCAUGUUGAUGGCUUCAUAGCGAAUGUAGCACACAGUUUUGUCAUAGACGCCUCAAAGGAAAACCCUGUGUCAGGCCGUAAAGCUGAUGUCAUCAAGGCGGCUCAUCUCUGUGCCGAAGCUGCUCUGCGCUUGGUAAAGCCUGGAAACCAGAACACACAAGUGACAGACGCGUGGAACAAAAUAGCCCACUCGUUUCACUGCACGCCGAUUGAAGGGAUGCUGUCACACCAGCUGAAACAGCAUGUGAUCGAUGGAGAGAAAACAAUCAUCCAGAACCCUACAGACCAGCAAAAGAAGGACCAUGAAAAAGCAGAAUUUGAGGUCCACGAAGUUUACGCUGUUGAUGUUCUUGUCAGCAGUGGAGAGGGAAAGGCAAAGGAUGCUGGACAGAGAACUACAAUUUACAAAAGGGAUCCCUCCAAACAAUAUGGCUUGAAGAUGAAAACCUCCCGUGCCUUUUUCAGUGAGGUGGAGAGGCGCUUUGAUACUAUGCCAUUUACUCUCAGGGCAUUUGAGGAUGAGAAGAAGGCCAGGAUGGGGGUGGUGGAAUGCGCCAAACACGAGCUGCUCCAGCCUUUCAAUGUCCUCUACGAAAAGGAAGGAGAGUUUGUUGCACAGUUCAAAUUCACAGUGCUUUUAAUGCCCAACGGUCCCAUGAGGAUAACCAGCGGCCCCUUUGAACCCGAGCUCUAUAAGUCGGAGUUUGAGGUGCAAGAUGGAGAACUGAAGGCCCUUCUACAAAGUUCUGCAAGCCGGAAGACCCAGAAAAAGAAGAAAAAGAAGGCCUCCAAGAAUGCAGAGAAUGCCACCACGGGAGAAACAGCGGAAGAGAAUGAGGCUGGCGACUGAGCAGCUCCCGCUCCCUCCAUGUAGCACCCGAUUCACACACACUCGCCCCUUUUCCCCCCCAAAAAAAACCCAGAAGCGAAAUAAUUCUAGCACUGUUUGUCUCUUAUGACCAAAAAACCAAACAGUCUGGACUUCCCACCGACUACAACCAGCUCCUAUUGACUUUGCCAAUGAGGGAGGAUUCUCUCAGCCACUUCAGACUACGUUAAAAAGAAAGCAGAAAAAUAAAAUCAGGAGUAAAAGCUAGUCUAUAUCCACUCUUUCUAACCUUUUAUACUACCCAAACUUGUUGAAGAGGUGAACCAAGCCAAUCCCACUGAGAGAGGGAGUGUAGAGAGCUGCCUGCUUUCUUCUUCUUCCUCCCUAUUUUUUUAAUUUUCUCCCUUUGCAGAUUUUCUUGGAGGAAAAAAAACCCAAACCCCACACCAAACUGCUGAUUACGCCCCAGAAAAAGUGCCCUGUGUUUAGUGAUAUGGUACGCGUGGACGGUGUAAGGGGAUCUGCCUCGCUGCGCCGUCUUGACUCCCCCCGGCCACGUAGGCAUUCCUCUCAGUUUCCUUGGGGCAGAGGAUUUCUCUCUCUUUUUUUUUUUUCUUUUUUUUUUCUUUUUUUUUUCUUUUAGCCUCUAGAUUGUACAUUCUUAAUUGGGAAAACUGUCAAAUUUUAUGUCCCCUGUGAGACUGUAGACUGUUCUGUCUACUCUGUUCUGUCUCUGCCUUGAUAUAAACACUCUAUUUUGUAAUACGCUGCUGUGGCGAGCUUGUUUUUAAAUUGACUGUCCAACUUGCUGGGAAGCAGAUGACAUUCCCCACCUGACGGCUCUGCGGAGGGGCAGGAGAGCUGCCCGCCACCUGGCAGCAGUUUUUAAUUCCCUGGUGUCCCCGGGGAGUUUGAUUCUUCCCUGUGGCUGGUUUCCAUGGCCCGCAAGUAUGUUCCACUCUUUUUCACGUGCGUGCAGCUCUCAGAAGGGUCUCCCGUCCGCACGUGCUCCUGUGGCGACAGGCGAGGGAAGCGCUACUGGAGUUGUCGGACUCAGGCUAGAGACUGGCUGGGGGUAUCGUUCUUUUAUAGUAAGUCUUUUUUUAAAAAAGAAAAAAGAAAAAAAAAAAAGGGAAAAAAAAAGAAAAAAGCCGACUGAGUUCCAUGUAGUUGAAUGUGAGGUUUUUUUCUUUGCCGAUACCUGCUGACCGGCUCUGGUUAUUCCCCUCCUGUAGCUGUACUUGGGCAAAACUCUCGCCUUGAAAAACACUCCCGGGCGUCUCCGCAGGCACCGUGCUUCCUCGCCAAGAUCUUGGUUUUCCACCCCAAACUCCACACGUGCAAAUAUUACCAAAGUCAAUAAAAGAGAAUAAACGAUGCGCUAUUUUUUUUCUGAAUUUUUCCAUCUCUCUCUCUCUCUCUCUGCUCCUGUUCUCCAACUUCCAGCUCUGGCAGGGCUGCGCGGCUGGGGCCGGCACGGGAUGGAGGUGCUGGAGUCUGGGCUGUGUGGCUCCGACAUCUUAACCGUGACCUUGAGGGGAAAAAAAGGAAAAUCCUGGUUCCCCAGGAGGAAGGUUUUAGUGUUUUUAAGCGAUAUUCAGCCCUGCGUGGAAGAAAGGGAGAGCUGAUCUUCCUCGUCGCCCACAGGAAUGAUUUAUAAACCACUGAGGCAUGCUGGAGAUUGAUUUAACUUUAUAUUUCUAUUUAAUUUUUGGCUUUCAAGAGAACGAACUACUUCAAGACAAGCAAGAAAAGUCCCAUUUGUCAACGAUGACAAGCAGGCACCCAAGAACAAUUGUAACUUUUUUUUUUUUUUUACAAUAAACGUGACUAGCGACCUGUCCUGGGCCAAGGCGCGGCUCUGCUCGCUGGGGCGGGGGGUUGCGGCGGGGACGGCCCCUCGCCCCCCAGCCCCCCCAGGCCGCACCGCGGUCCCCGCUGCCCCGGGGCUGCGCAAAAUGGCGGCGACAGGGCGAACUCCGCGUCCCGUCAUGCACCGGGGCCGCGGACUGCAGCUCCCGGCCUGCUCCGCGCCGAAGGGGGCGGGGCCUCAGCGCUGCCCUAUAAAUAGGCCCCGGCGGGCGACCAAGGCCUCUCUCGGCCGCUGCUGCCGCCAUCUUGCGGGCUCGACGCCGCCAUCCGCCGCCAUCCACCGCCCCCGCCGCCGCCCGCCCGCCGGGAGUGAGCGCGGCGCCUCCGCACCGCCAUGAGGGCCAAGUGGCGCAAGAAGCGAAUGCGCAGGCUGAAGCGCAAGAGGAGGAAGAUGAGGCAGAGGUCCAAGUAGACCCCGCCGCGGAGCCCAGCGGGGCCGGGGCUCAGAGCCGCCGCCGGGGAGACGCCCCGGUGUCCCGGGAGGGGCUCGGUGCCGCGGGGGGGGGCCCGCUGCGCCGGGCCGGUUCAGUGCUCCGUGCCGCGAAUAAAGCUGGUGUUGUUGGGA